AUGAUUUUGUCAACUUUACGCAGUAAAUAUCCUAUAAAAAACCCGUUUAAUAUUUCCAAUAAAAUCAGAAAUAUAAGGACCCAGUACCGUUAUAUUAGCAAGGAAAUAAGACACGGAACAGAAUGCAGGCAAGGCCUAUUAUCAGGGUGUAACCAACUAGUAGAUGCAGUAAGCGUAACCCUAGGACCAAAGGGACGCAACGUGAUAAUAUCAUCUUCAUUUGGGCCUCCAAAAAUAACAAAGGAUGGAGUGACAGUCGCAAAGUCAAUAGAGCUCCCAGGGAAACUGGAAAACAUGGGAGCACAAUUGAUCAAACAAGUGUCAUCGAAUACAAAUGAUAAGGCAGGAGACGGAACAACAACAGCAGCAGUGCUGGCGAGAGCAAUAUUUAAGAGAGGGUGUAAGUUGGUCGAUUCAGGACUUAAUCCAAUGGAUUUGUUGAGAGGGAUCAAUGUGGCAAUUGAGAAGGUGACAGGGUUCCUGGACGGCCUGAAAAAGGAAGUGACGACGGACGAGGAAAUAUUGAACGUAGCAACGAUAUCAGCGAACGGAGACCAGGUGGUGGGAAAACUAAUCACGGACGCAAUGAAUAAGGUGGGAAAGGACGGAACGAUAACAGUGGCAGAGGGGAAGACGCUAAACCACGAGCUGGAAGUAGUGGAGGGGAUUAAGUGGGACCGAGGCUACAUAUCGCCGCACUUCGUAACGAACGUGAAGGACAUGAAGGUGGAGUUUGAUAGGCCCUACGUGCUUCUGUGCAACGAAAAGGUGUCAAACGUUAAGACAGUGCUGCCAAUACUGGAGCACGUGCUGCAGCAGCAGGCGCCGCUGUUGAUAGUGUCGGAGGACGUGGACGGAGACGCACUGGCAAUGCUGAUAGUGAAUAAGCUGCGUCUGGGCAUAAAGGUUUGCGCAGUGAAGGCACCAGGAUUCGGAGAACACCGCAAAGCGACGCUGCUGGACAUAGCAGAAAUGACAGGAGCAACUGCACUGGGAGACAACGAAAAUUUUAAGCAGCAGGAGGACGACAUGGUCUCGUACCUGGGAAGAGCAAAGAGCGUGACGGUGACGAAGGACCACACUAUCAUCGUAGAGGGCAUGGGAGACAAGGCGCGAGUGGAGGAGCGCUGCGAAGGACUUAGGUCACUAAUUAAAGUGACGGAGUCAGAAUACGAGAGAGAUAAGCUGAAGGAGAGGCUAGCAAGACUAACAGGAGGAGUGGCAAUAAUAAAGGUUGGAGGAGCGAGUGAAGUGGAAGUGAAUGAAGUAAAAGAUAGAGUAGAAGACGCACUUUGCGCAACAAAAGCAGCAGUGGAGGGAGGCAUAGUGCCAGGAGGAGGAACAGCAUUGUUUUACGCAAGUAAAGUGCUGGAUGAGCUUAAAACGAAAAACUAUGAUCAGAAAAUGGGAGUAGAUAUAGUGCGUCAAGCAAUACAAGAACCAAUGAAACAAAUAGCAACAAACGCAGGCUACGAAGGAUCAGUGAUAGCUGACACACUAAUGAAAGAAAAUGAUCAUAGUAAAGGAUUCAACGCACAAACAGGAAAGUUCUGUAACAUGUUUAAAGAAGGAAUACUGGAUCCAACCAAAGUAGUUAAAACAGCACUGACAGACGCAGCAUCAGUAGCAUCACUAAUGACGACCUCAGAAGUAGCAAUAUUCGAAAAUAAAGCAGAAAAAAAUGAAGAACAACAAGGAAAUCAAAUGUAUUAA